UUGACCAAAUCUUCAAUCGGAUGAAGCUCAGAGGCGGUGAGGCGGUGAUCGUAACGUAACCUUCCAUUUGAAUUCCAAGCAAUCUCAGCCGUCGGAUCAAACAUAUACGACCGUUAGAGAAUCCGCUCCUCUUCCAAGAGAACAAAACCACAAGAAGAAAAGGCUGAAAGAAAGUUCAAUCCAAACACACACACACAUAUUAUCUCUUUAACAAUGGCGAUGUUCAGAUCUAGUCUGAAACCACCGCUUCCCAAAUCGCCGAUUCAUCUUCGAUCGCGUCAGAUUCACCGAUCAAUUUUGUCUUCUCUCCGAUCUCCGCCAGGUUCCCUGACGAAAUCGCAGAAGCCGGAGCAAAGGCCGGAGAUUUCGUGCGAGCUACGGGCGUUGGCGAAGAUGGUGGAAGGUGAGAUCGGGGACGAGGGCAAACCCAAAACUGCGAAUUUCGGCGGUUUGGUGACGACUUCGGUUCAUGCGUUCGAGAGGGGGAGGUUCUACGAGGAGUAUUCGGCGAGGAGGAACGAGCGGUUGAAGAGGAAGAAAGGGGAGGCGGAGGCGGCGGCGGCGGCCGAGGAAGUGAAAACGACGCCGUACAAUCUCAGAGCCAUGCGCGAGCCAGCGACCACAAAGAGAAGAGGAACGGCUAAGAAGCAACAACUGGAGAGCCUGAAGAAGACUGUAUCGACUGCAUACACAGAGACGCCGAGGUAUAUGCUGAGGAGCUUGAGCAAGGAGAACAAGAAACCGCCAUUGCCGGUGAAUAUCGAGAGGUCGGUGAUGAAAAACGUUACCACUCGAAGGGUUCGAAGAAUCUGAGAAAACCUAGAGAGAUGUGAAAGACAAUUGAUGUGUUGCCUUUUGGUCUCUGGUUGAUCUUUAGGCGGAAAAGAGAUGAACUUUGGAGAGACUUUGAUUUUGAUUUCACAGCGUUAUGUUCUGUCUGAUGGAUUUGUUUCAUGUUCAUCCAUGAAAGGUUUCGUAUCAUGUCA